AACCCCGUGAUAAAAAGACAUUCUCAAUAAAACCCCUCGCCUAGAAAAGAGAAGUAGAAAACGCUCCUCUCUCUUGCUUUCUCUCUUUCUUUCUCUCUCCCUUUCUUUCUUUUUCUUGGCAGUGCUUUUGAAUUAAGAUUCUAAAAUGGAAGAGGAAUCUGAGGUUAUGAGUGAGGUGAAACGAGUUCCUACUCAUGGUGGGAAGUAUGUCGUCUACAAUGUUCUUGGGAACCUCUUCGAGGUCUCUGCGAAGUACGUCCCUCCGAUCCAACCCAUCGGCCGCGGCGCUUACGGCAUUGUGUGCUGUGCAAGAAAUUCUGAGACGAAAGAAGAGGUUGCUAUCAAGAAAAUUGGGAAUGCAUUUGACAACAGGAUUGAUGCAAAGAGGACACUGCGAGAAAUCAAACUCCUUUGCCAUAUGGAGCAUGAAAAUAUUGUACGGAUCAAGGACGUUGUACGGCCACCAGAAAGGGAAAACUUCAAUGAUGUUUAUAUUGUAUAUGAGCUUAUGGAUACUGAUCUCCAUCAGAUAAUACGCUCGAGCCAGACACUGACAGUUGAUCACUGCCAAUAUUUUCUGUAUCAGUUGCUACGAGGUUUGAAAUAUAUACACUCUGCAAAUGUUUUGCACCGAGAUCUGAAACCCAGCAAUUUGCUCCUCAAUGCAAACUGCGACCUCAAGAUUUGUGACUUUGGGCUUGCGAGAACCACAUCAGAAACGGAUUUGAUGACAGAAUAUGUUGUGACGCGUUGGUAUAGGGCACCAGAACUGCUUCUUAACUGUUCAGAGUAUACUGCCGCCAUCGAUAUCUGGUCAGUUGGUUGCAUAUUCAUGGAAAUCAUCAAAAGAGAGCCAUUGUUUCCUGGUAAAGACUAUGUCCAACAGUUGAGGCUUAUAACAGAGCUCUUGGGUUCGCCAGAAGACUCAGACCUUGGGUUCCUAAGAAGUGAUAAUGCUCGGCGGUAUGUCAUGCAACUUCCAAGGUUCCCAAAGCAACCAUUCUCGCAAAAAUUUCCAGAUGUCGAUCCUGUGGCCGUCGAUCUUUUGGAGAGAAUGCUUGUUUUCGAUCCAUGCAAACGAAUAACUGUCGAUGAAGCAUUGAAGCAUCAGUAUUUAUCGAGUCUCCAUGAGAUCAAUGAAGAACCCACCUGCCCAUCUCCUUUCCUCUUCGAUUUCGAACAGGCAUCAUUCAGCGAAGAAGAUAUUAGGGAGCUCAUAUGGACAGAGUCGUUGAAUUUCAACCCAGAACGGGCAUCCUCCGGCCCCACCACACGAUUGUCCUGAUAUGUCUAGAAGGCACUGCCAUAUAUAAUCCAAAUGGAUCAGAGAUCCUCAAUAUCUUUGGGAAGAUGAAUGGUAUGGAUCACCAUUUGGUGAGGGAGACAGGGCGAGCAAGGUUGGCAUUUUGCGUUGGUUGUGUCCUGAUUAAUGUCUGGUAUUGGAUUUCGGUAGAGGUAUUGUAGAUAUGGAUUUUCCUUCUUUUACAUGUUGAGAGAUUGUUGAAUGGUUGGAGACAACUUAAUAUAGCAUAUAUAAUGUGGGAAGUUGGAUUCAGCUCUCCUUGAAUCCAAUCACCCAAGUUUUCUACUUUGGCUCGAGUUUGGUCAAAUAUGAGAAUAAAAAGAAAAGACAAGAAAGUGUUGUGGAAAUUUGAAGAGUGGACUGUUGAGGAUUGCUAUGAUCUUCCUGCUGUACUAAGGUGUAUAUUCUGAAUUCUGUUUGCGAAUAGAAAAGAGAUUGUUGUUGGUUGAAUGCUA